AUGGCCUCACUGUUGAGCAGCUGUUUGGGCCGUAGCAAGGACACCUCCUCUCCAUUCCAUAACGGGCACGUACCACCAACAGGGCAUCGACCAAUCGACGAGGUCAAUUCAGCCAAAUGUAUCUUCUGCAGCGUCACCUCUGACCGCUUCAAUAUCGUACUCGAAGAUGACAAGUACAUCUGUUUCCGUGACCGUUCCCCCGCAGCUCAGGUGCACCUUCUCGUCAUACCUCGCACACACAUGGCCAAUGUUCAAAGCCUCACACAGCGAGACAGCGUCCUCGUUGGCGAAAUGAAGGUGUUAGGCAAUAAAGCACUUGACAUUGUCGCUCAACAGGCACACGACACUAGCUCAAGCAAAAUCGCUGUUGCGGAAGAGCAGCCAAGGUUCGGCUUUCACAUUCCACCAUUCCGCAGUGUAGACCAUCUUCAUUUGCAUUGCCUUCAGUUACCGUUUAGGAGCACGCUGAAGGCGCUGAAAUAUCGAGUAGCGAAACCGUCAAGCGCCGACUACUGGAAGGGAUGGAGCUGGUUCGCUGAAUGGAGCCAAACUUGCGCUUUGCUAGAUGCUGGGCGCAAGGUCGAGGUCAAGAGCUGCUAG